CUCUUUCCCUCCCUCAUCUUUCUCGCCUCUCUCAGUUCAGUGCAGUUAGGUGUGCUGAUACGUCCAUCAGAGUUCUUACUUUUCUCUCUCAAGAUGUCCUGGACUCAAAUCUUUGUGCUCUCUUCACUGACCACCCUCCUCAUCCUCACCUUUUCCAGUGUGGACAGCGCAGCAGUCCGGGACGAUUCAAAAGCAGGCGAUACUAAAGGGGCAGCACCACAGGUGUUCAUGCCCGAGUCGGACGCCUCCAACUUCUUCAAGCGCCGCAGUCGCCGCUCACCCCGAUAUUACGCUGAGCUCCAAGCCGAGCAGAGGGUAAGGCUUGCUGUGAAUGAGCGGAGGAGGGAGUACAAUGAGGAGCAAAGGGACGAGUACGAGAACUACGUUGAGGAGGAGCGUGAUGAGCAGAAUGAGAGAUCGAGGGAGAAGAAUGAGCAGUUGCGCGAGUUUCACUACGAUGGCCUUUAUCCUCGCUACCACUGGUUCCACUGAGCUGUCGCAUGGAGGGCAGCCCCUCUCAUUGGAGCAGUGCAAAUACUGCCAUAAGCUUUAACCUGUAGCAGAGCAGAGAUUCCUUACACUUUGAGGGCUUAAGUUCUCUGUAUUUUUCCCUACUUUAAUAAAGGUUUUCUUUUCUCUUUUUUUUUUUAUAAAAAUAAAUUGUGCAAUAUGUCUCCAUGUCAAUAUGUAAAAAUAUGUUUAAAGUGUAGUUUCUGUAAGCUACACUUUACCAUAUAAAAUGUAGGUUAUAUCUUCUGCAUGCUUGUUUUUACUCCCCUUUUCCCCCAUGUACAUACAAGCUAUGUCCUUUAGGUCAGCCUGAGGCAUUAGCAGAAAUAAAGCAACAUAUUAACAGCUGACAAGUUUUGUCAGAGGGGUAGCUUUAUUUUUGCAAAGAAAGUGACUUUAUGUCUUUAAGCUGAAAUGGCAAAUAAAGAUGAGUCCCAGUCUGA